AUGUCGAGCUACAGCGACGAUUCGAGUCACUCGACCGAGAUCAGAAUACGGCGCGACCACCACCACCACCGCGAUCCGUCCCCCUUCCACCGGGUUCCUCCCGGCCCGCCCCCGCCUCACCGCGGCCCACCGCCGCACUUCAUCCAGACCGUGACUCGGGAUGUACGGGACCACCGGCCUACAGGCUACUAUCACGCGCCCGGCUCUCGUCGACCGGACGAGCGUAUGACCAUCGUUCAUACCCGCUCCCGAUCGAGAGAGCGCAGAUCCCCCCCGGUCCGUACUGGGCCGAUGCCCGUGCCUCCGCCCCAGCCGCCCACAGCUCCUCCUCAGGUGAUCAUCAACCAGCCGUUUGUUGAUCGUCGCCGGGCCGAGCGGGACCGGAGUUCGGAUUCUUCCUCGGACGACUCAUCCCGUGGAUCCUCCCGGCGUCAUCGACGGCGCCACAGGCACCACCGGUCACACAGCCAUGUCCGCAGCCGGUCGUCCAGCACCCACAGCAACAUCGAGGACGCCAGGAAUCAGUGGAAGCUGCAGAGCGCAAAUGAGCAGCUCGCCCUCCUCCGGCUCGAGGCCCAAAAGAGGGACGAGCAGCGCCAGAUGGAGCGGUACUCCAGAGAGCAGGCUGAGCUGGCGCAGUCGCGCGCCGAGUUGGAGAUGCGGCAACGAAGGGAGGAAGACGAGCUCCGCCACGACCGUUACCGUGACGAGUAUGAGCUGGAGCACCUCAAGCGCGAGAUCGCCCGCAUCCGGCGCCAGGAGGAGGACCUAAAGGCCGAGCACGCCCGCGAGGAGCAAGCCAAGUUCAUCAAGGACAGCGACGAGCUGGCGCGGUACAAGCGCGACCAGGAGGAGGCCAGGCGCGCAAAGCAGGCCGAGGCGGAGACCGAGUACCAGAAGCAAAAGGCCGAGCUAGAGCGCCGGAUACGCGACGAAGAAGAGGCCAAACGCGAUAAGGCGGUCAAGGAGGAGACCAAGGCCAAGGCGGCGCUCGCCGAGCUGGAGCGCAUCCAUGCGGAGCGGGAGCGCAAGGAGGAAGAAGACCGGAUCCGGCGUGAAAUUGAGCUUAAGAAGCUCGAAGAGGAGAAAAAGGCCGCCGAGGAGGCCAAGCGCAGGGAGAAGGAGGCCGAGGAGGUCAUUGCCGCGUAUAAAGCUAAGGAGAUGGAGCGCGCCCAGAAAGAGAAGGAGGAGAAGGAGGCACGCGACAAGGAGCUGCAGCGCAUCAUCCAGGAGCGCCUGAUCAACUCUGGACUUGACGAGAAGGAGAUCGAGGCCGUCAUGAAGAACGAGAAGAUCAAACGGGAGACUAAAGAGAAGAAGGAGGAGGAGGAGGAAAAGCAGAUCGCCCGCCCGACUUACACUCGCAUGUCGCUCCGGUACCUGGACAUCGAGACCCUCCUCCAUCACAAGAUCGACUUUGACAUGGACCCGGAACCGGGCUACGUCAUCAUCAAGCGCUGGGUGCCCGAGUGGGAGCAGACGCUGCUGUGGGAGCACACACGGCGGCGGCGCGGCGACGGAAAGGUCAUGCUCGAGGUAGAGGACCGCCAUCACCACCACCACCGCCACCACUCGACCGGCUACGAAUUUGUUCGCGCCAAGUCCAAGUCGCGCCACCGCAGCAAGUCGCCCGGCCUGCUCAUGUACUUGGCUGGUGGCCGGCCGCGCUAA